AUGCACUUCUUAUUCCCUAAGAAGCACAGGAACCACAAGCUCGUCCUUUGGUUGAUGGCUGGCGAAUUUCCUAUCACCAUUGUAAUGCUUACAUUGACCGGUAUCGCUUCACACAACCUAUACCGGACACUAUUAUGGCAAGAUGGCGCGGACAACGGAUUCAACAGUGCCCCAAAUGAGGCCUUGUACGCAGCAGCGAAUUACAGGUCAUUUACGCCACCGAUGGUUUGGUCUGGAUUUAUCACCAACUAUAACCUUGUUCUUGGUGUUUUGAGCACUUUCUUUCUGAUCACAAAACUGCCCGUUCACUGGAUGCACCUAUUUUACCCUCCUAUUGCGGUCGCCGUCCAUGCAGCCUUGAUCGUCCUCUACGUCGUGUCAGCGGUGUACCAAGCCGGGUCUGACAUGUCAGAUCCCCACCACCUGCAGCCAGGGGCACCAUGGUACAUCGCAAAGAGCUGCAGUGUCGCAUACAGAAAGUCCAAUAUUGCCUACUGCAUGCAGGCCAAAUCACUUUUUGCAGUCACAGUCAUCAUCAUACUCUAUUAUGUAGUAAUUCUCGGCUUCAAUAUUCACUCCUGUUUCAUCACACCCGAGGAACGCGCAGAAAUCCUGGAGGAGAGAGAAGAAAGGCGCAUCGAGAAGGAAUUCGAAGAGGAAGUCAUCAAAUCCCCCGGCAUGAUUCCCAUGACUCCGAGCUCAAUGCUCCCAGGUUCAAGCAUGGUACCUCGUACCCCUGGAGCUCCACCUAUGGUCCUGGAAGGAGGUAGCUCACCAUUCGGCGCUCCGCGCACUCUCGCCUUCAACCGACUUGGCAAUGACAGUACCGCCUCAGACCUACCACUCCGCCGGCAUACCCAACAACAAUAUUCAACGCCACCUUCACAGGAAGUGAGCCCGGAGAGCGCCACGGCACCACAGAUGUAUUUCCCGCCGCCACCAAAGAAGGCUGCGAAAAGUUGA